ACGACGUCGCUUGGAGGUGUGCUCACAAGUCACAACAAGAAGAGCAUUUUAUUUAGUAGUGGGAAAGCCUGCAGCGCAGUGGUGAGUCGCAAAGAUUACCGAGUCAUGGGCGGCGAGUUGAAAUACGAGAUCGCCCAGAACGCUUACAUCAAGCUCGUCCUCCACGCCCUCAAGCACAAGACCGCCGCCGUCAACGCCGUCCUCCUCGGCCGCCUCGUCACCUCUACCGAAGGCUCCCACACCCUCCAAAUUUCCGACGCCGUUCCUCUCUUCCACUCCCAGAUCACCCUCCUUCCUCCUCUCGAAAUCGCCCUUAUUCAGAUAGAGGAGUAUUAUGGGGCUCAAGACAUGGGAAUUGUGGGAUAUUUCCAUGCGAAUGAGAGAUUCGAUGAUGCUGAGCUGAGUAGCGUGGCAAAGAAUAUUGGAGAUCACAUUUAUCGGUAUUUCCCUCAGGCCGCGGUGAUUUUGUUAGAUAACAAGAAGCUUGAAUCUUUGCCCAAGGGGAAAGACCGGAGUCCUGUGAUGCAGCUUUACACAAAGGAUGCAUCCAAGAACUGGAGGCUUGCUGGAUCAGAUGGAAGCAGCCAGCUGACCAUCAAGGAGCCAUCAGCCAAUGUAGUCCUCUUGGAUUAUAUUGCCUCAGAGAAAUGGCAGGAUAUCAUAGAUUUUGAUGACCACCUUGAUGACAUUAGCAAGGAUUGGCUGAACCCAGAACUCUUCAAGUAAUAUUUGCCAUGGGCGUUCAGCAUUUUUCCCACAGCAUCUAUUUAUGGCAAGGGGUUGUUGUUGGUGCGUAACUCAUUGCUUGAACUGGAUUUUGAAAGAUGACUUAUCAACUGGAGAGAAGAAACUCAGUUGUUUCUUUAUCAUAACAUUUUACUUGAAGUUUCUGGUCUUAGACAGGGAAUGCAAUAUUAUUCUUUUGUUAAAAUGUUCCAAAUGACAUAUUUGGGUGGUUUUCUUUUUUCCA